AUGUUGUAUACGUUUUUUUUUGCCUUGCAGGACCCGUCAGGAAGUGUGACAGAGCAACUUACCCCCGAGGAGGCGAAACACAAGCGGGACUUCGAGGCUAAACGCAAGGCGCACUACAACGAGUACCAAACUCUGCAGACGAUUAAGGAUAAGCUCCACGACGAAAGUGAGGAUGAGACCGACGAGGAGAUGGAUCCUAUAGCUCUGCGUAAUGCCCAGCUGAAUGCUCAACUGGGGAAGUUGCCGCCGCCACCAUCGCAGGAGGAAAAGCCAGCAAAGUAG